AAUCCGGGCGCUCCGCUCCAGCUGGUCAAAGGCUGUAACAUUGCCAUUCGAAACAGCAACAACGAGCCUCCAUCGCUACCGCUGACCGGUUUAUAAAGACAUCAAACACGCGGAAUACAACGAUAUAACAACGUAUAUACACGCACAUGACGUGCAACGGUGGCAGGACAUAUUACCGUCGCACCGUAAACAACAGAAACGAGGGAAAUGUCUUGGUGGCCGCGCGGUGAGGAUGGAGAGGAGGCCAUGCUUCAAGACACUGAUUCUGAUGUGGCAGAGCAGAGAGACGGGGGCAAAGUGAAGGUGAAAUGGACACAAGAGGAGGAUGACAAGCUCAAGGCUUUGGUUCAAAAACUGGGACCAAAUGAUUGGAAAUAUAUUGCCGGCUACAUACCAAAUCACACUGAACACCAGUGUCAGCACCGUUGGUUUAAGGUGUUGGAUCCAGAAUUGGUUAAGGGUCCUUGGACCAAGGAGGAGGAUGAAAAGGUUAUAGAGCUUGUAAAUCUCUACGGCAACAAACAGUGGGCGAUGGUAGCCAAGCAUCUGAAAGGCAGACUGGGGAAGCAGUGCAGAGAGCGCUGGCACAACCACCUCAAUCCCAGCGUUAAGAAGUCAUCAUGGACAGCUGAGGAGGAUCUCAUCAUUUACAAAGCUCACUGCCUGCUUGGAAACCGCUGGGCCGAGAUUGCCAAGCUGCUCCCUGGAAGAACGGACAACGCCGUGAAGAAUCACUGGAAUUCCACCAUCAAACGCAAGUUGGAGAUGGGCUUCUAUGCCGGGGAGGUCUUUAAGCCAGAUGAACUUGAAGAACUGCUGGCCCGUGUGAAUAAAGAUGUACAGAUGUCUAGUUGCUCUCAAGAUGGUGCAGACAAGGACCCAGAGCAGAAACUGCACCCUUCACUGCAGGAAACGCCAGUCUCAGUCUCUGUCAAAGCCAGCCCCAGCAAAGCAGGGCCAUCAAGGGCUGCCCUCUCUCCAAAGGACAGCUUAAGCCCUAAGACUGAAGCAGACACGUCAGGAGAAAUGAACUGUACCAGCUGGGUGGUGGACAGCUCCGGCUUCCUCUCCCCUAAUGGCCCAGGACUGAAGGAAGUGCUGGACAUGGUGGAUGGAGACCUGGAUGGCUGGUGCAACCUAGCAGCCUUUGACCUGCCCGAGGAGAGUCCCAGCCCAGAGCGCCACCAGUUUCGUCUGGAGGGCAGUGCCUUGCAGGAGUUGAGCAAAGGCAGCAAGGGGGAACUCAUCCCCAUCUCUCCUGGUGGGGUCACGCCGCCCUCCAUACUGAACCGCCGAGGCCGGAGACGCAUCGCCUUGUCUCCUGAUGGAAAUAACUCCAUGACUCCCAAGAGCACUCCUGUUAAAAUUUUGCCCUUUUCUCCAUCUCAAUUCCUCAACAUGUGGACCAAGCAGGACACUCACGACCUGGAGAACCCGUCCCUCACGUCCACACCUGUGUGCAGCCAGAAAGCCAUCGUUACUACACCGCUACAGCGAGAUAAGACCCCCCUCACUCAGAAGGAAAACUCAAUAUUUGUGACACCCAACCACAAGUCUGAGCUCUGUACGACCCCACGAACUCCAACGCCGUUCAAAAAUGCCAUGGAGAAGUACGGCCCUCUACAGCCUCUGCCUCAGACGCCUAACCUCGAAGACGACAUAAACGAGGUCAUCCUGAGAGACGCCGGAAUUGACUUGGUUGUUGUACGUUCGACUCCGCCUGAGCAAAGGCGCAAAACAAUGCAUCGCCCUCCCAUGAAGAAAGUGAGGAAAUCGUUGGCCCUGGAUGUCAUGGACUGUCAGGUGAUGCCGACAUCCAAACGCAAAUCCUUCAAGACUGAAGCUAAACACAGCAUCAAGGAAGAACCUAUGAUAGUUUCUCUGAACUCCACGUCAUUUUGCAGCAAGCGGCAUGACAAUAUUUUGGAUCAGGGCUUCCUUUUGGGACCUAGUGACAGUGCCAUAUUUCCCAGCACGGUGCCCCCAGUUCCAAUGUCAAAAGAAUGGGAGACGGUUGUAUGUGGACAAACUAAAGACCAGCUCAUAAUGACAGAGAAAGCCAGACGCUACCUUCGUGCACUAAAAUCCCACGCACCCAACCGGGCUCUGAUUCUGUCCUGAGACUUCGCUCAUCUUCUCGCCAACAUCUUACACAUACGCAACACAAUGUUGCUGGUGCUGUUUGUCCCUGCCUUUUUUUGCUGUAGUAAUGUUGAAGGAAAGUACAUGUCAUGUAUGUUUAGCACAGUUUUGUGAACAAGUCAUUAGCAAUCAAAACCUUUACAGUAUGUAGCUCUGUCAAUAAUUUGAGAGAGAAUGGUGCUUUUAGAUUUAGUCCAAUGACCUCGUGCAAGGCUUGACGUUACGAAUCCUGUUUCAUUGUAUGGUCACUUAAACAUGUUUGAAAAGAACAAUGAAUGUAAAAUUGAAAAAUCACGGCUAUGUACUCUUGCUAUCUGAAAAGACAUGGGUUUUACAUUGCAUAAUGUGUCUGUAAUUUAACAGUGUUUUAAAAUUGAAUUGUGAAGAGUACAAACACUCAGGUUGAACCUACAUAUCUAUAUUUGUUAUAUAACAUACUGUAGUUUUGAUUGUGGAGUAAAUUUAGACAGGGUGAUCAGUAAUACAUUUAGAGAUGUGUGAUCUGUUGAAAAUGUUAAGUGAACAUUGUCUUGUCAUGAGAUCUGUUUAGCGUAUGUAUAGAUUUAUGAUAUAGAUCUCAAUACACAUUAAAGGUCAGGUCAGGACCUCAUUUGAUGAAAAUUUGACAUCUGCUAAAAAUGUAAUAGUGACUAUAGCACACAUCAAGGUGACUUAAUGACUUGGUGACUUUUAUGCAAUAUUCAAUAUUCUAGUUGAGAUGUAAUGGGGGUAUAGAAGCUAUACCAGCCUUUGGUGGUAAUGGUAUGUUAUUUGGCACUGCUUGUAAAUAUUUUGUGUUGUAUGUUUUACUUCAACACACAACAUUUUGUUAAGAAAUUUAAUAAAACACAAAUACUAUUUCCAGUACAGUUUCCUCCUGAUUA